AUGGCUGAACUUCCUGAAGAAGAGGUUGCCCCUACUGCAACAUGUAACGAAGUCAAUGAUACAACCACUACACCUGUGCAUAUUUCAGAGAGUUCAAGUCGUAGAAGCAGUUUUGUAUGGUCUACACUUCGCUCCAAGUCGAGAAUAUUUGGUUCGAAAAAACGUGAUAGUACCUCAACUCCUCUUUCUGUCAGCACAAUGGGAUAUUUGGCUCGAAAAAGCGUGAUAGUACCUCAACCCCGCUUUCUGUCAGCACAAUGGGUAGGCUUUUACUAUGAUGAUCAUAUUGCUCAGUCAGCUUCAUUCACAAUUCUAGAGCCAGCCGCUGACGAAGAGGGAGGAGUUACGCCUUCAGGUAGACCACUGCGAAGAUGUUCAGCCAGUUCAUCAAGCGUACACAAACGAGUCUCGUCCGCUCUGAAAAAAGGAUUUGGAUGUGAGUUUGGUUUCUGGAGGAAUUUUCGGUACUAUUCCACUUUAGUUGACCCAAAAAAUGAACAUCGUGAGUUUUGCUAAAA